AGACUCAUCCCACAGAGAUACAUCCUUAGAUAUCCUGGUAAACGAUUCAGAAACCAAGAAGAAAAGCAUUGGAAGCUGUCCUGCCAUGAGACAUAUUCUCGCAUGAGAUUGAAACUGAAGCCAUUCCCGCACUUCAAUCCCCACACUGACGCAAGCAAUCUCAGAGAUAAUACAGCUAAAAAAGGUGGAGUGGGAUGGAUGAGUCGUAUGAGAUCGGAUGAAGUGCCUCUGUCUUCACUGAACCUGGCAUCAGCCGCUGUUCGAGGCAGCGAGGCUGAAGAGACUGAUCACAUUCCUGAAGAAGACCUCUGCAAUCCAGAAGAUGUCAAAAGUGACGGGGCGGGGGAAAAUGACGGCGUUGCUGGAGCGAGUCGAGAGAAGAUAAUUGUGUCGCAGGAGUGUGACCUGGUGGUGCUGAUGACAGCUGUCAAGGGCCGGCUCGACAUUUCCACCACUCACGUCUACUUCUACGAUCUCAGUCCCGUUAAAGAAGAGGUUGAGCGGCAUGACUUCAAGUGGCCGUUAUCCAGAUUGAGAGAAAUUUAUUUGCGUCGAUAUAACCUUCGAAGGAGUGCCCUCGAAUUCUUCCUUAUCGAUCAGACUAACUACUUUCUCAAUUUCACCACAAAGACGAGAAACCGCGUAGUGAGUAGAUUGCUGAGCGUCCGUCCCCCCAACCUGCUCUACACGAGAACAUGCUCUCCAGCCGACCUACUACGCUCGUCCGGCCUCACACACAAGUGGGUCAAUCUUGAGAUCUCCAAUUUCGAUUAUUUAAUGCAACUGAAUACCCUGGCUGGACGAACUUAUAAUGACCUCUCCCAGUAUCCAGUAUUUCCUUGGAUCUUGGCAGAUUACACUUCGUCCGAACUGGACUUGACUGAUCCGAAGACAUUCAGAGACCUCUCCAAACCAAUCGGAGUGCAGAACCCUGAAAAUGAGCAGAAAGUUCGAGCCAAGUAUGACUGUUUCGAGGAUCCAACAGGCACUGUUGCCAAGUUUCACUACGGAUCUCAUUAUUCGAAUUCAGCUGGAGUUCUCCACUACCUUGUCAGAGUGGAACCCUUCACUACGCUCCAUAUCGAGUUGCAGAGUGCUAGGUUUGAUGUUGCUGACCGUCAGUUCUAUUCAAUACCUCAAACUUGGAAACUCCUCAUGAAUAAUCCAAAUGAUGUAAAAGAGCUCAUUCCGGAAUUUUUCUACUUCCCCGAAUUUCUUCGAAAUCUAAACAAUUUUGAUUUGGGACUGCUGCAAAUGACAAAAGAACGUGUCAAUGAUGUUCUUCUUCCUCCAUGGGCAUCAUCAGCCGAAGAUUUCAUUUAUAAACACAGAAAAGCCUUGGAAUCAGAAUAUGUUUCACAGCAUCUCCAUGAGUGGAUAGAUUUGAUUUUCGGCUACAAGCAGAAAGGGGCUGAAGCAAUCAAAGCCUUGAAUGUAUUCUACUACUGCAGCUAUGAAGGUGCCGUUGACUUGGAUGCAAUCACUAAUCCAGUUGAACGUGAAGCAGUUGAAGGCAUGAUCAACUACUUUGGUCAGACGCCCAGUCAAUUGCUGAAGGAGCCUCAUCCACAGCGGGCUCCCCACUCAGAGGCGCUAAAUAAGCUGCUCAAAUCCGACUCAAAAAAACCAGACAUCACCCACUUUUUGGACAAGCUCACACCAUUUCACAUAACAGUAUUGAACGAGAAGGACCCGAUAGUGUUUGUGAGCAGACCGCGGUCGCCACCGCGCGGCUUCCUGCAGUCAGGUCUGCCUGACAGCCUGGUGACCGUGACCAAGGGCUCAGUGGUGGGGGUGCACUCGUGGCUGCCACACGACAAGCACUCCAAUCGCCCCUUCACGCUCGACAUCGACCCCACCAUCGCCCACGCCCACGCCCACGCCAACGCCCACGCCAAUCUCAAGACGAGAAGGAGCGUGAGUGGUACAUUCCAUCCAAGCAUAGCGCUGCACAGUCAGCUGUUUGCUGUGUCGCACGAUGGCAAGCUGUUGUUUACGGCAGGCCACUGGGACGCCAGCAUCCGAGUCUUCAGCCUCACCAGGAAUAAAUUCAUUGCAUCAGCUAUCCGCCAUUUUGAUGUGGUGACAUGCCUAGCAUUGGACCAUUGUGGCUGGUACAUGGUGAGUGGCUCCCUGGACUCGACGUGCGUUGUCUGGGACAUCAGUCAGUUAGCAGCGUCCCCAUCCGUCUCGGCACCGCGUCCCUUUCAGGUGCUGUACGGUCACGACAGGCCGGUGACAUGUGUGGCCAUAGCGACAGAGCUAGACACGGUUGUGUCGGGGUCCAGUGAUGGCACAGUCAAUGUGCACUCGAUCCACGAGGCUCAGUACCUGCGCACCCUCACACCCGACGGCUGCCACCCUCAGCAAGCACUCAUCUCCCACAUCACCAUCUCCCUGCAAGGCCAAAUCGCUUUCUCUGCCAACGACAAGAAAAGCAACUCAGUGCAUGUGUUCUCUAUAAACGGGACCAGUUUGGGAUCGAAGUACGUGUCAGGUCGGGUGACCGGUCUGGUGGCAGUCGGCGACUGCCUCGUGGUCGUUGACGAUGCUGGCGAUCUCACAAUAAGCCGCUUGUUAGGAUUACACCCGGUCUACGACGUUCCACUACAUGUUCCCAUUGAGAGCGUGGUGAGCACGACUGACAACUCGCACCUGUUGGCACCCCUGCGAGACGGCUGCAUUGUGGUCAUCGGAGUGCCCAACUCAUAGUGCCAGCCCACCCCACCCCCACCCCCACCCUUGCCCUACUUCUCCUGCCAUCGUAGGCAACACCACUAAAUAGUCAUCUCUCUCGAAAUAAAAAUAUAUUGUUUCAUUUAGAAAAUAUAAUCGAAAACUAUUGAAUAGAGCAGCCAUUGAAACAGAUUUAUAGAGAGAUUCACUGCAAAUUGCUAGACCUGCCGCUAUAGGCCUACCCUACAAAUAACCUCAACGCUUUCCAUUCGACCAAUGCUGACAAAUUGCAGUGAAUCUCACUCCAACAAAGUAUCAAUUAAGUUUAGCAAUAUAUCUCUUGAGAUUCUGUAAAAUUAAUAUUGAUUCAUAUUGUUUCAAUAUAUAUAUAGUCAAAACUAUACAAUAGUACUAAGAGAACGAAUUUAGUAGUUGUAUCUCAUGAGAUUAUUAUUAUCAUUCUGUAGUAAUCUCAGUUUAGGUUGAGAUGACAUAGGCCUACCAUAUUUGCUCGUGUACAGUAUUUAGAUAGAUGUCAAGGUCACAUUCCUUUGAAAAUAAUUUGUUAUGUAUAGUAACAAAAACAUUAUUGCUGUAUUAUAAGGUAUUGAUAUUUAUAUUGAAUAACUUAUAUUAUAAUUAAUGCUGUUGAAAGUGUAAUAUGAAUCAGUUUAGGUACAGUACUAUAUAAGUUUAAGCAUGUUGAAUAAUUGAAUGGAUUUUAUUAUUGUUAAUGAAAAAGUUAUAUAAAUUAGCUGAAUAAGACGAUUGUUAAGAUUAGCUAUUUCUAAUACAUUGUAAGAAUAAUAAAUUUGUUAGUAAUGGAUCAAUUAUUACAUCAGAAAUAAUGCAGUGCUCUCAUGUGCUAGUGCUAGAAAUGCUUGAUCCUGCUAAUUAGGUUCAGUUAUUGUUACAAUCGUUUUCAUAGUAUAUAGGAUAGCAUUUUCAAAUUUCCGCUAAGGGGAUUCAGCUGCAAUGGUGGAUCUUUUCUGACCAUUAACAUUGUUUCUAGCCAAUAGUAUCGAAAAAGGAUAACCAGAACUUCAAGUGUAGGUUUUUUAUAUCAUUGUCAUUUCCUUGGAAAUUACUCUUCCCAAGUCACUUGAGGAUUAUUAUUACUAUGACAUGAAUAAACUCACUCACUUGUUACAUUUAUUUAUAAGCCAUAUUCAUAAACUUUGCAUUUAUUAUUUGAGGUUGUUAGGCUUUAUUGCUGGGCCAUUUUAAAAUUUAAUUAUUGAUUUGAUUGAUGUAGUUGCUCCCUGCUCGCCAGGUUGAUUAUUGCAAUUAUGAUUCCAAGUAAGGUUUACACUUAUACUCAGGCUUAAGUAAGACCAGGACCUCCUGUCCAACCUGUCCUAUUCCAACCCAACUGGUUAAAGAGAAUAUACAUGGGCUGCUCAUCCCGCUUUUGUACAUAAUAAACCUGAGUAUUUCAUCUGGUAGAUUCCCAAAGUCAUGUAAAUUAGCAAAAGUCAUACCAAUCCAUAAAUCCGGUUCAAAUCCACCAUAAGUAACUUUCGGCCUAUUUCCCUUUUGAUUGUUUUAUCUAAAAUUCUAGAAAAUGCGUAAAAAUUCAACUUAGCAAUUACCUGAACGAUUGUAAUAUAAUCUCCGACAAACAGGAUCUCCGAAUAUGGCUUUAGGUGCUCUAAAGAUACGUCUGACGCUCUUUUUGAUAUAAAUAAGUUUGUAACAACUCAAUCCAGUAGCAAACAAGUCCUAAUUACAUUUUUAGACCUAGCCAAGGCAUUCGAUUCCAUAGAUAGAAAUAUACUUUUUUCAAAACUUGAAGCAAUAGGCUUCAACUGUAUGACCUUGUGCUGGUUCAAGAGCUAUUUUGAAGAAAGAAAACAAAUUAUAUCAUUAAAUGGUGUGGACAGUGAUAUUAUCACUAUCGACUAUGGUGUGGUUCAGGGAAGCACCUUGGGUCCUUUGCUGUUUGUAAUUCACAUCAACAAUACUACAAGGUUGAACCUACAUGGACAACUGUUUCUAUUUGCUGAUGAUACAGCUCUGGUUUCAACAGGUUGCACCUGGACGGAAACAUUCAAUAGAGCCUCAUCUGACUUGGUGAAAUUAAAAAACUGGUUUGAUAACAAUUUCCUAUCAAUAAAUGUUUCAAAAUCCAGGUGCAUGCCAAUUUUCCUUCGAAAUAGCCCUAGACCCGGGGUGCUCAAAAUGCACUCUUGCGGCGAUCCAAAUUCUAAUGCAUGUGACUGUCCGGUCAUAGAACAGGUAUUACAACACAAAUACCUUAGUAUUGUAUUUGAUCAUAAGUUGUGCUGGGCACCCCAUAUCUCAAGCAAAGGCUUCGAAAAAUGAUCUAUGCUUUUGGACAACUAGGGCAAGUCCUGAGUGCUGGCCAUCGCCGGUCUGUGUAUUGUGCAUAUGUGCAGACGUUGCUCGAAUAUGGCAUCUUGGCGUGGGGUGGUGCCUCUUUGGGAGUCCUGCGGCCUCUCGCAAUCUCUCAGAGAGCCCUUAUCAAAAAGUUGCUUGUCAAAAAUCAUAGGUAUUCAACACAUCUCCUCUUCCAGGAAUUCCCAGUUUUGAAUAUAAAACAACUGUUUAUAAAAAUCUUCUUGUUUUUAUUAAAAAAGUAACUUUACUUUCACCGAAAUCCAACAUAAUUACCCAACCAGAAACAGAUUGCAUACCAGCAUCCAGAUUCUCCGGUUGAAUAACUCCAUUCAACUAGGAAACUGUUUCCACCUAGCUCAUUGGCUUUACCGUAAUAUUCCAGUUGAGAUCUCUGACAUUUAGGGGUGUAGCGUUGCCGUAUACAAGCGUAGAGUGAGCGGGUGGCUGCUCUACAUUGGGGCAGAGGCUUCGGAGGCUCUCCUAAAUUCGCCUUAUAGAUGGAUAUUUCCUUUAAAAAUGCCAGCAUAUUAUUUCACAUAUUCAUCCAUAUUAUUAUGUUGUUAAUUUUUUCCCCGCCCACACAAUAUUAAAAUAAUAAAGUUAUGACUGCCGAGUGAUACCCUUAAGCGCCGUUGAGCUGAAAAUUAUUAUUAUUAUAUAUAUAUAUAUAUAUAUAUAUAUAUAUAUAUAUAUAUAUAUAUAUAUAUAA